CCUCAGCCCUGAUCAGGCACCAGCUGUCUCUGUGCUGCAAAAGUGGACUUUACUCCAACUCAAGAGUAGCUGGAUCUGAGCAAAAGCAACUCUGCUAAGAGGUCUUCUGCCAAGUUUCUCCUCCUGACAGAUGUGGACUGGAAGACCGGUGGGAGAGCUGCCAAGCCCGGCGUUCACCGUGGACCUGGACACGGCGAAGAGGAAUGCCGAGAAAAUGAGGGACCGCUGCAAGGCCCUGGGCGUGGUCUUGAGGCCCCACAUGAAAACCCACAAAACGCUGGAGGGUGGAAGUCUCAUGACCGGAGGCACUCUGAGGAAGAUUGUGGUGUCCACAUUGGCCGAGGGCCGAUUCUUCGCCAAUGGUGGCUUUGACGACAUCCUCUACGCCUACCCUCUGCCUUUUGACAAGGUGGAAGAGUGUGCAGCCUUGGCCGAGAGGCUAGAUGCCUUCCAUGUCCUCGUGGACAGCCACGCGGCGCUGUCCCUCCUGAAGAAGAGGCCCUUGAGCCAUGGGAAACGCUGGAAAGUGUGGCUGAAGAUCGACUGCGAAAACCACCGAGCCGGCCUGAGGCAUUCGGACCCCGCUGCCCUGGAGCUCGCCAAGGCCAUCGCAGAAGGGGCAACCAAACUGACGGGGAUAUACGCACACUGCGGCAAUUCCUACAGCUGCCACGGAGCGUCCGAAAUCCAGGCCGUGGCUCGCACCACCACUGCGUUGACCCUGAAGUUCAUGGACCAGCUGAAAGAAGCCGGGGUGUCCUGUUCCAUCUGCAGUAUCGGUUCUACUCCCUCCUGCAGCCACCCGGUGCCUGAGAUGGCCCAACUCAGCGAAGUCCACCCUGGGAACUUUCUCUUUUAUGAUGCCCAGCAGAUGAUGAUCGGCUCCUGCCAGCUGGAGGACAUCGCCGUCCGGGUCUUGACCAGGGUGAUUGGCCACUACCCACACCGCAACCAGAUGCUGGUGGACUGCGGCUGGACCGGCCUGAGUCUCCACAGCCUGGGGCAGCUGCCGACUGGCUACGCCCUGGUGGAAGGCCAUCCCAACCUCAAGUUGGUCGGGAUGACCCAGGAGCACGGCAGAAUCGAACCCGUGGCAGGCAAGCUGGAUUUUGCCCAGUUCCCCCUGGGCAGCCUCCUGGCGCUGAUCCCUUAUCACGCCUGCGCCACCGCUGCCAUGCACCCUGUCUACUACGUCCACAGCGAGGGGCGUGUGGUCACUACCUGGAAACCAGUCAGAGGCUGGUAGGAAGACGAGGAGGCGAGCAAAGACUCCCGAGCCGGAAGAGAGAUGGGAACUGCCUUUAUGAUCCGCAAGGUGUACAAAGCGCCUUUUGAACUCGGGCCUCACGGGACGAGUUCAGUAAAACGAUGAAGCUUUUUUCUGCAUUCCUCAAGGAAAAUCUGCAGCAGUUGGGGGUGAGCUUCGUCAACAAUGUUUAGGCAACACGAUGACCAUAUACAUACCGUAUUUUUCACUCCAUAAGACACACCUGACCAUAAGACGCACCUAGU